AUGGCUUUUACUUCGAACAUACUGGCACUCGGCCUGGCUGCCGCUGCUGGUGUAGCUGCACAACCCGGACAAUGGAGGGGACAAGGGCAGUCGGCCGGCAGUCCAGCAUACAACUACAUGUUCCAGAAUCCACUGCCCAUACCUGCGGUAGCGGUGCCAGAGUUCACUGAGACAUUCAAUGGACGAUCAGUCCAAUUUUACACAUCGACUGUCGAGCCUUUCACAAAACAGGUCUACCCUAACCUAGGACCGGCGCACAUGACAGGCUACAAUGGCACAGCACCAGGACCAACAUAUCUGAUCCCAAGAGGGACAGAGACGAUCAUCAGAUACUUGAACAAGGGCGACGUAUCAGCAGCAGUCCAUCUUCACGGCUCAUACACACACUCCGUGUGGGACGGAUGGGCGAGCGAUGAGGUACAGGUUGGCCAAUGGAAGGACUACUACUACCCCAACUCGGAGACAGCUCGACCGAUCUGGUACCACGAUCACGCAUACGGGCAUACUGCUUCGGAUGCGUACUAUGGCCAGGCGGGUGUCUACAUCAUUACCGACUCAGCGGAGGACGUUCUCGGGCUACCAUCAGGAAAGUACGAUGUGCCAUUGACAUUGGCCGACAAGAAGUACCAGUCGAACGGUGACCUCGCAUCGCCCAACGGCAACCCAAUCAACUUCUUCGGCGAUAUUCUGGAAGUCAAUGGUCAGCCAUGGCCAUACAUGUCCGUCGAGCCACGCAAGUACCGCUUCAGACUCUUCGACAUGUCCCUCUCCCGUAUGUACGACGUCUACUUCGCCGACAACAGUGGCAACUGGAUUCCAUUCCAAGUCAUUGGUUCCGACUCAGGUCUCUUUGGUAGCCCCGUGUCUACUAGCGAUGUCUUGAUAUCCAUGGGCGAGCGCUACGAAGUCGUGUUCGACUUUAGCAAGUAUGCUGGCCAGAACAUCACCCUGGGCAACAACAACCAACAGCAGCAGAUCCAGGAGUAUGCCAACACGAACAAGCUUAUGAAGUUUGUCGUCGGCAACUCCGUCUCUGAUAACAGCAACAAUGGUGAUGUACCGUCAGUCUUGAACGGCAACAUUCAGUGGCCUGCGCAGAGGACCGUUGUCGACCAUACAUUCAACUUCCAGAUGGGUGGCGAGAGCACAUGGACUAUCAACGGCGUCGACUUUAACGAUGUCAACAACCGUAUCCUUGCUCGUCCUCCUCAGGGUACCGUUCAGCUUUGGGAGCUCCACCACACCGGCGGUCCCGCGGUCCACCCUGUCCACGUGCACUUGGUGAACUUGCAAGUCGUCAGCCGUACUGGUGGUUCGCGUGGUGUCCUUCCUUAUGAAGCUGCUGGUUUGAAGGACGUCGUUCUCCUGGAGCCUGGUGAGACCGUUCGCGUGCUCGCUUACUUCGGUCCCGAGAACGGCGUGUAUAUGUUCCAUUGCCACAACCUCAUCCACGAAGACCACACAAUGAUGGACGCCUUCAACGUGACCUACCUCCAAGAUCUAGGCUACAGCAGCGCCAUCGACUACGCCGACCCAAUGAACAAGGCUUUCGCCGCGCAAGACUACAGCGACAGUGCUUUCUCGCCUGCCGCCAAGAGCUCCGCCGCCUCUUCCCUCGCCAACCUGGGCGCUUAUUCGUCCUUCGCCGCUCUUCAGACGGCAGAGGCCAAGUUUUACGUCACCGCCGGUUACAACGGCGACUCGUCAGUCGUUGCGGCAACCACGACUGUCGCGCCUAGCUCAAGCGGGUAUGGCUUCGCGUCGACGACUGUCACUGGUCCUAGCACCGCCGCGACUGCCGUGGCGACGAACAUCAAGGGCCGACCUUUCCCUGGUCCCCCAGGUGGACCUCAAAAUGGUCGACCGACUGGUCGUCCUGGGUUCGCGUUUAGGGCUUAG